CCUCACUACACCGUUAGCAGGUCGGACACUUGUGUCUUUGGUUGAUACCACAGUCUGGAGAAUAAAGUUGUAAUGCUCGAAAGAAAGGGCCAGGCAUGAGUGGAGCACACCUGGACGAAUGGCAGAGGAGGUCCUUUGACAUUUCAUCUGGCAACUGUACACCUGAACAGACGGCCGAUGCCUACCGGGCCCACGUCCUCUCCAUUCAGUAUGCAUGGGCAAGCUCCCAGCUCUCUCAGGCCGGCACGGCCAGCCUGCUCAGGACCUACUCGGAGCGCUACGCCUCGGUGCUGGACUCGGAUGACCCCCGCACGGGGCUCAACAACUACGCGGAGAGCGCGCUGCAUCUGGCCCGCAGUCAGAGGAACUACAGUGACAAAUGGGAGUCGUCGCUGACCACGGAGAGUGUGCUGGAGCUGCCCUGCGUGCAGAGGAUGUUUCAGGCAGGGACAGGGGGAGGAGGCUCCCUCGUGGCACCAGGAGAUGUUAACAUAACUGUGGGAGGAGAGGGCAGGUUACUAACUAAUAUGACUGUUGAGAGGCCAAUAGGCUCUGAGGGGAUUUCGGGUAAUCCAAACUCGUUGUCCCGACCUCAAGCCCGACUGCAGUCAAUGUUUAGUCAUUCUUCUCCAGUUCCUCCACAGGGAAACCCUGGUCCUUCAGGGGGGCCACGGAACUCUCAGUCCUCCUUCUUCCCCAUCUCCAACCCGUCUAAGCGGAAGAAUUUUUACAACCCAGAUGGAGGGGAUGGUGGCAGGGGGCAACACAGAGGUCAAGGGGGCACUGACCCACGAGCUGGAGGCAACUUCAAAACAGCUCGCGAGCAGUUCAUUGUGGAUCAACAGAAGAAACACUCCAAUCAGCCCCAGAGGGGUCAGACCACGGGGAUGGCAGCAACUUUGAAGAAAUCUCUGGGUGCUAACAGGCCCCGAGGUACAUUUUCUAAAUUUGUGUCACCCAUUCCGCGACAGGAGGAGGAAGAUGGAGGGGCGAGCCAUAGUUCCAACCAGGAGCCUCAGAUCCUGGAUGAGCGUCUGAAAAACUUUGAGCCAAAGAUAAUCGAGCUGAUCAUGAGCGAGAUCAUGGACCACGGGCCUCCCGUCAGCUGGGAUGACAUAGCGGGCCUGGAGUUUGCCAAGACCACCAUAAAGGAGAUUGUGGUUUGGCCCAUGUUGCGACCCGACAUCUUUACUGGCCUCCGUGGUCCAUCCAGAGGCAUCCUGUUGUUUGGACCCCCGGGGACCGGGAAAACUCUGAUUGGUAAAUGCAUAGCUUGUCAGUCGGGCGCCACCUUCUUCAGCAUCAGCGCUUCAUCGCUCACAUCCAAGUGGGUGGGCGAGGGAGAGAAAAUGGUGCGAGCCCUGUUUGCCAUUGCCCGCUGUCACCAGCCCGCUGUCAUUUUCAUUGAUGAAAUCGACUCGCUGUUGUCCCAGCGGACAGACGGGGAGCACGACUCGUCGCGUAGGAUAAAGACGGAGUUCUUGGUUCAGCUGGACGGGGCGGCAACGGCCGCCGAGGAACGCAUCCUGGUGGUGGGCGCCACCAACCGUCCUCAAGAGAUAGACGAGGCUGCCCGGCGACGCCUGGCAAAGAGGUUAUACAUCCCCCUGCCCGUGGCAGCCGCCCGUUGGCAGAUAGUAACGAACCUCAUGACUCAGGAGAGGAACCAGCUGAGGGAGCAAGAGCUGGAGAGCGUGGUGACAGCCACCGAGGGCUUCUCUGGGGCUGACAUGACUCAGCUGUGUCGAGAGGCAGCGCUGGGGCCCAUCCGCAGCAUCCAGGUCAGUGACAUCACCACUAUCACUGCAGAUCAGGUGCGAGCAAUCCUCUACUGUGACUUCCAGGAGGCCCUGAAGACGGUACGACCCAGCGUCUCGUCGAAAGACCUGGAGCAGUAUGAAGACUGGAAUAAGACUUUUGGAUGUGGACGUUAAGCGGGGCUCCUGGUCCCGGUCUGUUUAACUUAUGGGUGUUGAACUGAGUUGGGAAAAAACUUUCAACUUGUGGAGGAAUCUAGAGAUUUCCAAUAUUUUCCUUGUUGCACAUGAAGCACAUAGCAUGGGUGAACGAAAUAGCAGGAGCACCUGACAAAAAAAGAGAGAGUGAAAUAAUUUUCUGUCUGGAGAAAUCACUCUGCUCGUUAUGCAUUCAAAAGAUUUUCAUAAGUUUGUAUGAGCCGGACUGUUUUAUUUGGAUGUUCACUUUACUGUUGCGUUGUGGUUUGGUGUAAGCAUUGGGCACCAUGUUGUGUGCUUGAACUGUGUUUCAAAUGAAUCCGUUUAAAUUGCUUUAAUUGCAUUG